AUGUUGCAGAUUGACGUUAAUCUGGCAUACAGGAACAACAGACACUUUUUGUCUAGUUCUGACAGCGAUGUGCUGAACUCUGCAUUGUUGUGGACUAAUUCUACCACCCAAAUUCUUGCUUCCCUUAACUUUCUCUUGUCAAGGAAAGACGCUGGGGUCUGUACUGCCCUUCUUGCUCGUAUUGUGGUGGCCUUCCUUGUCUGGAUGAUGCUGAUGUAG